AGCGGUCGGUUGGUUUUUCUUCGCAGCGCACGAGUCGCGCUCGAGCGGCCCGCGCGCUUGCUGCAGGAACCAGCUCCAGGCGCUGGCGCCGGGGCCGCGGGAAGGAAGCGACUUCGCUGUCUGCGGCGGGCGCGGCCCGGGGCACCGCGAGCCUCCAGAGCUCCAGGGGCUGCGGCCUCUCUGCACCGUAGGCGGCGCGGGACUCCGAAGACCCGGCAAUACGGAAUACUUCACAACCUUCGGAGAUCGCCUAGCAACCUUCCUCAGGAAUUCUGUCUGGCCCUGAUUAGAAAUCUAGAAUCAAGGCCCCAAGAUUGAUGAGUUUGCCUUGGGAGUCAGUGAAAAGGUGAAACCAAAGGUCAACAUGGGUCAGAAGGUCACGGGAGGGAUCAAGACUGUGGACAUGCGGGACCCCACAUACCGACCUCUGAAGCAGGAGCUCCAGGGUCUGGAUUAUUGCAAGCCCACCCGGCUGGACCUGCUGCUCGACAUGCCCCCCGUGUCCUAUGAUGUCCAGCUGCUCCACUCCUGGAACAAUAAUGACCGUUCCCUCAAUGUCUUCGUGAAGGAAGAUGACAAAUUGAUCUUUCACCGGCAUCCGGUGGCCCAGAGCACAGAUGCUAUAAGGGGCAAAAUUGGGUACACACGUGGACUACAUGUGUGGCAGAUCACAUGGGCUAUGAGGCAACGAGGCACACAUGCUGUGGUGGGGGUGGCAACAGCGGAUGCCCCUCUGCACUCUGUUGGGUACACAACCCUCGUAGGGAAUAACCACGAGUCCUGGGGCUGGGACUUGGGGCGCAACCGUCUCUACCAUGAUGGCAAGAACCAGCCAAGUAAAACAUACCCAGCCUUUCUGGAGCCAGACGAGACAUUCAUUGUCCCUGACUCCUUUCUUGUGGCCCUGGACAUGGAUGAUGGGACCCUGAGUUUCAUUGUGGAUGGACAGUACAUGGGAGUGGCUUUUCGGGGACUCAAGGGUAAAAAACUGUAUCCUGUAGUGAGCGCCGUCUGGGGCCACUGUGAGAUCCGCAUGCGCUACUUGAACGGACUUGAUCGUCUGGGAGGCCAAGUUUUCUGCAGACUAACUCCUGGUUGUUCUAGAAAGCCUGUCCUGGGCAAGAUGGCCCCUUCCUCCUGCACUUAUGAAGAGUUCCGGCUUUGCCCACUGCUCCCCAGGCCCAGGCCUCCAACCAGCUCGAUCAAUCCAGGUGCCGUGGUGACUGCUUAAGAACUGAAGAUCGGGGUCAUGUGCUGUCUUGGGUGGUCAGAGCAGGAGCAAGCGGCGGAGAGCGUGGCUUGCGGUUGGUCCUCAUCACCCUUGGGCAGAACGGUAGGACAACGGCAGCUGCA